AUGUUCCCACGUCGGGCAUUGAAGCCAUAUUUGGCCGAGUUCCUUGGCACGGCCUUGCUGAUCGUCCUCGGAGAUGGCGUCGUCGCUCAAUGCCUGCUUUCCGACUACCAGUACGGCACCUGGUUGUCCAUCAACGUCGCCUGGGCUGCUGCUGUCUGCCUCUCGGGUUAUUUGUCUGACCCUGGUCCGACCAUUAACCCGGCUGUGACUAUCUGCACGGCUUUGGUGCGUCCAUCUGCCGGACAGUGGAAGACCAUCCCAGGCAAGCUGGCUGCGCAGUUCCUGGGUGGAUUCGUCGGUGCUGCUAUCGUGUAUGUAAACUACCGAUCGGCCAUCAAGGCUUGGGAUCCCGAAUACACCAUUCCAUGGGGGUCGAUUCUGAGUCCUUCCGGUCACCAUUCAGCGGGCAUCUUCUCUACCUACCCAUCGGCCUUCUUCGAGUCGAACUGGGAGGCCGCGUUUGCUGAGGUGCUGGGAUCUGCCGUAUUGAUGUUUGGCUGCCUUAGCAUCUCCGAUCCAGGAAAUGCUCAGCGCUUCCCUGCUCCUCAGCUCUCGAUGUUCCUGCUUUUGCUUAGCAUCGGCGCGGCAUUGGGCUGGCAGACCGGCUAUGCUCUUAAUCCUGCUAGAGACUUUGGUCCGAGAUUGUUCUCUGCCCUCAUAUAUGGCCGUGAAGUGUUCACGGCCGCUGGCUAUUAUUUCUUUGUUCCCCUCUUCGCCCCUGUUGUCGGCUGUGUUGUAGGUGCGAUGACUUAUGAUGGAAUGCUGUACGAAGGAGAGGGAUCGCGCGUCACCGAUGCGCUGGACAAAGUCGAGGAGCACGGCUCUCUUCGGCUGCAGUAG